AUGGAUUUCCACUUUGCUUUCUUGCUGCUGCAGGUGAACCUGAUCAACCAAGGAGCUCUUGAUGCUCCCUUCAGCUGCAUCCCUUCAGCCACAAAGGUGGGCUUGGGCUUCAAGUUGGCACCUCAGGAGGGCAUCAUUGCAGCACGUGGGAGCCAGACUCUCCAGAUCUCCUUCAGUGCCACCGUGUUGGGGAGGUUUGAGGAAGAAUUCCGGUUCAGUGUGGCUGGAUCUCCUACGCCUGCCAUCCUGACCAUCAAGGGCAGCGUCACUGGACCGAGUUUGCACUUCGACCUCCCUGAGCUCGACUUCGGGGACAUCUCCUUUGGCUUUCCCUACACCCAGCGCUGCCGGCUCACUAACAGCUCCCCGGUGCCCGUGACGUUCCAGCUCCGCAUGUCGUUCGAUGGCACGCAGCCGGCUGUGGACAGCGUGGAUCAGAUCCGCUGCCACAGUGACCCAGCCUGGAGGAAGGGCGUUCACUUGUAUGUGGAGCCCCGGGAGUUUACCAUCACUCCCAGCCAAGGGACCAUCCUGCCCCAGGGACACCAGGACAUCCAGGUGACCCUGUGUUCCAACUCGGUGAUGGAGUUCUACAGGAAAAUGCUGGUGGAUCUGGAGGGUUUUGGCAAGGGAGUGGCAUCAUUGGUCAUCACAGCCAGAUGUCUUGUUCCUAAGCUGCAAGUGUCCCCCCACGUGCUGCAGUAUGAUGAGUGCCUCCUGAAGGUGCCCUACGAGAAGAAGUUCAUCAUUAGGAAUCCCAGCCACCUGCCUGGCUGCUACGGGCUUAUUGAACAGAAACGCAAGGAGGACUCUGCUGUGCUCUACUCCAGCCCCAGGCCCUGUGGGAUUGUCCAGCCUCACAGCACUGCAGAGAUCCCAGUGCUGGUGGAAGUGCAGGCGCUGGGCACGCAUCGCACCAAUGUUCUCAUCGGCGUGUUCGGGGAUGAGAGAAACCCACUGGCUUCCAGUAUCCUGCCAGUGUCAGGUGUGCUGCAGCCAGGAGAGAGCCAGCAGGUCUCCUUGCCCUUCUCUGGCCACCUCAACAGCAUCUCCAGUGCCACGGCGCUGUGCCACGUGGAGGGAGGCCCCAGCUCCGAGGUGCUGGUGCCCGGGGAGGCCUCACGUGUCAGCUGCUCCCCGAGCCCCCAGGAGAUCAACUGUGGCUCUGGGGCACCUCUCAGGGAGAGAAGGGAGCUGAAGCAGCCACCUCAAAAGCUUGAGGAGGAGGCAAAAGCCUUGGCGGAGGAAGUGAGGCAGAAGGAGAAAGAGAAGCAGAAGAAAGAAAAGAAGGGUGUCUCUGUGGGGAAGGAACCUCCAAAAGCAGAGAAGGGGAAAACCAAACCCCCAGAGAAGAAGGAAAGCAAGGCCCCAGAGAACAAGGACACCAAAAUCCCACCAAGGAAGGAAAUCAAAGAACCAGAGAAGAUGGAAAACAAACUUCCAGAAAAGAAAAACAAACAUCCAGAAAAGAAAGAAACCAAAAUCUCAGAGAGGAAAGAAAGCAAAGCCCCAGAGAAGAAGGAAAGCAAGGCCCCAGAGAAAAAGAACACAAAAGCAUUAGAGAGGAAGGAAACUAAAUUCCCUGAGAAGAAGGAAACCAAAGCCCCAGAGAGGACGGAAAGCAAACUCCCAGAAAAGAAAUACAAACCUCCAGAAAAGAAGGAAACCAAAUUCCCAGAGAGGAAGGAAAGCAAGGCCCCAGUGAAGAAGGACACCAAAGCAUUAGAGAGGAAGGAAACCAAAUUCCCAGAGAAGAAGGAAAACAAAGUCCCGGAGACGAAGGAAAUCAAAAGCCCAAAGAAGGAAAGCAAAGCCACAGAGAAGAAGGAAAUGAAAAGCCCAGAGAAGAAGGAAAGCAAAGCCCUAGUAAAAAGGGAAAUCAGAAUUCUAAAGAAGGAAACCAAAUCUCCAGAGAAGAGAAGCAAACCUCCAGAAAAGAAGGAAACCAAAUUCCCAGAGAGGAAGGAAAUCAAAAUCCCAGAGAAGGAAAUCAAAGCACCAAAAAAGAAGGAACCCAAAGCCCUAAAGAAGGGGGAAGCCAAAGCCUGAAAGAAGGGAGGAACCAAAAUCCCAGAGAACCCAGCUGAGCUGGAGAAGAACUCUUUAUUUUAUUCACACAACUUAUUUUAUACAGUUUGCCAAACCUAAUGUGCAACUUUAGGUAGUUCAUCGAUUUCUUAUUACUAGUUAUGCC